AUGAAGCUUUAUGUCAUCCUUCUUGCCGGUCUGGCGGCUGCAUCUGUCGAUGUCGAUGCAGAGUCGGCAGCGGCCAGGUGCAAGCCCGCUACGUAUAGAUGCGACCCUCAUCGCAAUGGUUGGAACGUGUGCAAUACAAGCGGUGAAUGGGUUAUUGGAGGCAAGUGCCCGUGGCGAACGGUUUGUUGGUUCGACAGGCGAAAUGGAUCACCUUACUGCAUCCCUCCCGGCGGCAAGGAGGCAAGUGAUCUGUAG